CUCUCUCUGCACAUUCCAAAUGACGUGGGAACGCUUAUGCAACUCCUCUUCACCCAUGGCAUUAUGUUUACGCUUACUCCUCUUCUUCGCUGUAUUGGCCGAUGCUGGUAAAGGGAGGGCGAGGGGGCCAUUGGCAUCAUUGUUGACAUGGAAUGCGCGCGAGGCAGCUUCAAGACAGUACGAUUACAUAGUGGUGGGCGGAGGGACUGCGGGGUGUGCAAUUGCAACCACUCUGUCUGCCCAAUUCUCAGUGCUGAUGGUGGAGAGGGGAGACUCUCCUUACGGCGUUACCAGCAUAGAGAAAGCGCGGGGCGUCUUCACAACGCUUGCCAACACGGACAAAUACAACUCCCCCGCUCAAGUGUUCGUAUCAGAAGACGGCGUGGAGAACGUGCGCGGGAGAGUUCUCGGGGGCAGCUCCGCCUUGAAUUUUGGGUUCUACAGCCGAGCAAGCCUUGCAUACAUGGUGUCCAUGGGCUGGAACCUCACGCUCGUCCAGGAGGCCUACCAGUGGAUCGAAGCCAAUCUCGUUACGCGCCCCCAAAUGAAAGAGUGGCAAUCUGCUGUUAUGGAGGGUCUGCUGGACGUGGGAGUGGGAAUGAUCCCUUUCAAUGGCUACACGUUCGAGCAUGUCCUUGGCACCAAGACCAGCGGCUCAACCUUUGAUAACAACGGCAGGCGUCAUACAGCCGCUGAUCUCCUCAUAAAGGCUAAUCCACUUAAUCUUCGUGUUCUUCUCCGCGCCACUGCUAGCCGCGUUACCUUCUAUCCAAAAGAGAAUUGUGGUCAUUACUCGUCAAAACCUCGUGUUCGUGGACUGGAAUUCAUGGAUGAGAAUGGGCAUUCGUACGAGGCGUUAUUGAAGGCGAAUAGUCCAUUUUGCAGGGAGAAAGGCGGGUGCAGCGAGGUGAUAUUGAGUGCAGGGGCAAUGGGAAGCCCGCAGCUAUUACUGCUGAGCGGCAUAGGCCCCGCGGAGCAUCUGGAAAAUAUGAGCAUUCCUGUGGUGAUGCACUUGCCCGGAGUGGGAAAGGGCAUGGUAGACAAUCCACGCAACAACAUCUCUCUUCUGUCUCGCAAGCCUCUCGAUUUUUCAAUGCCGCAAGUCGUAGGAAUAACAGGCGACGACAAGGCAUACAUAGAGGCAUUCAGCGCAAUGCAGCAGGGAUCUUUCGUUGGCUAUAUUGCCGAGAAGCUGGCCGCCCCUCUGUCCAGAGGAGAGCUUUAUUUGAAAUCUACAGAUCCCCGGGAUAAUCCAUCCGUUAAAUUCAACUAUUUCUCAAAUCCGUUGGACGUGGCGGUGUGCGCCCGAGCUAUGAGAAGCAUCGUUGCGCUGACACGGACAAAGGCCCUGUCCUUCGCGUAUGUGGAUCAACCUCUUCCCCUUCCUGAUAAUGAAACGGCACUGGCGGAGUUCUGUAAGAGCACAGUUGCCACCAUCUGGCAUUUCCAUGGCGGCUGCCGCUUUGAUCUUGUCAUCAACAGAAACUACCAAGUCAUUGGAAUUGAAAACGAUAAUUUGAGAGUAGUUGAUGCAUCCACUCACGCUUCAUCGCCUGGAACCAAUCCCCAGGCCACCACGCUCAUGCUUGGCAGGUACGUCGGGAUUCGCAUUCUUCAGGAGCGCCAGCGCAUUUCAGAAAUUUUAGGCACUCAAUGAGUAUUAUUCAGUUGAAAACAAUUCUUUCACAAGCCAAAUCCUGGCUUGCUUAUUUGUCUCUGAAUUACACGGAAUCAAUUCUUUUCAUUUCACUGUCUAAUUACAAAAAAACAUUCCAUUGGUAAUAUCGAUUUUUAAAUGUAU